CCUACUUUAUCCUCUCAAAACCCCCCCCCCUCUCUCUCUCUCUCUGUAAAGAUGGCUUCGACUACUGCUUUAACUGCUCAGGUCACAAACCUUAACGGGCUAUGCGACUGGAAAAGGCCUUUCCCUGCUUCACUUCCUUUAGGUAACCUGAAUUUAAAUGCAAAUGUUGUUGGCAAGCAGCUGUUGUCUUGGUCUGGCAAGCAGAAAUCUGAGCGAAAUUACAGAUCUUUCCGCGUGAUUGGUUUAUUUGGAGGGAAAAAGGAGAAUAGCGAGAAGAGCGAUGAUGCACCUUCAAAGGCAGGAAUAUUUGGAAACAUGCAGAACUUAUAUGAGACUGUAAAAAAGGCACAAAUGGUUGUCCAAGUUGAGGCAGUUCGGGUGCAGAAAGAACUUGCUUCGGCAGAGUUUGAUGGUUACUGUGAAGGUGAGCUAAUCAAGGUAACACUAACUGGCAACCAGCAACCUGUACGGACAGAAAUAACUGAAGCUGCAAUGGAAUUAGGUGCAGAAAAACUUUCACUUUUAGUUACCGAGGCAUACAAGGAUGCUCACCAAAAGAGUGUCCAGGCCAUGAAAGAAAGGAUGAACGACCUUGCCCAAAGCCUAGGAAUGCCACCAGGACUCGGUGAGGGGUUAAAGUGAAGGUGCAUUCCUCUCAUGAUGGUGUCCAUCACGCCCAUCAAUUUUGUAACUGGACUGGUUAGAAGUGCUUUUGGUACCAUGACUGGAAAUUUAUUGUCUGUUUAUCGUAAUAACUGUUUAGAUUCAAAAGAAAGAGGAUUUUGAAAUUUGUGAUCGUUGUUGUCAUAACAUUCAAUAAUAAAUGGUUGUUAAACUGAA